UCGGAACCUUGGGGACAGCGAUAUGAUGAGGAGCUUCUUUGUAGAAGCACAACUAGAGUUGGCAUGGAAGCGACACUCUUUCUAGUGAUCAACUGUUUGUCACUAUUUGGUAACAUCCUGAUAUGCUAUGUUAUCAUCCAAACGAACGGUCUUCGCCGAAACACCACAAAUGUAUUGAUAGUUGGCUUAGCAGUCUCAGAUAUCCUCCAGGCCCUUAUCGGCAUGCCGCUGACUUGCGGUGUCCUUCUAACGGGAAAGUGGAUCUUCGGGGAGUUCCUCUGCAAAGUCCAGGGGUUCUGGCUUCUGUUCCUAGGAUUCGUGUCACUGCACAGCAUGGCGUUGACCGCGCUCAAUCGAUACUUUUGCGUGGUGAGACCGGAGGUGUAUCGACGUGUAUUUACGAGGAAGUCCACGCUGUUUAUGCUGUGCGCUGUGUGGGUGUUUGCGCUAGCGAGUGUUACUCUACCGCAGAUUUCUGAACAGGUUACUUUCCGCUUUCAGGCCAAUCGCGCAGCUUGUUUUAUAACAUUGACAGAGUUUGCUGAAAAUAUUGUGUACACUUUGUAUUCAGUUAUUUGUUAUAUAGCGCUACCGUUGUGCGUCAUAGUGGUAUGUUAUGCAAAAGUUUAUGCGGUUAUACGACACCACAAGAAACGUCUACGUUCUGCUACGGAGGAUUUUACGAACACUCUCCAGGUACCACAGGCUUCCCAACAGCGCAACGCAUCAAACAACACGGCUCGCCAUGUUUCUGUAGAAGAAAUCCAGUCAACAAACACGCUUUUCGCGAUCGUCCUCGGCUUCGGCUCAUGCUGGAUCCCUUCUAUAUUAGUCGAAUUGGUUGACUCCGCUCUCCCCGGGGGAGUGGUCCCACGGGAGUUGUAUGUCACCUAUAUCUUCUUGGCGUUUCUGUCAUGCGCAAUCAACCCGGUUCUGUACAGUGUAAUGAGUCGCCGCUUCCGUCGGGCUACCUAUCAAGCACUGCGCGCAUGCUGUUCUCUGAAAACAGCUACGAACGUGGCACCGAUAACAGCUGAGUCCAUUCCCAGGCAAUCGCCAAGACCCAAACGGGGGUCGACAGGGUGAAGAGGCCCUACCCCGAGCCUUAGACUCUACCAGCCGCCAUCUUGUAGCCCGAGCCUUAGACUCUACCAGCCGCCAUCUUGUACCCCGAGCCUUAGACUCUACCAGCCGCCAUCUUGUACCCCGAGUCUUAGACUCUACCAGCCCCCAUCUUGUAGCCCGAGCCUUAGACUCUACCAGCCGCCAUCUUGUACCCCGAGCCUUAGACUCUACCAGCCGCCAUCUUGUACCCCGAGUCUUAGA